CUUAACGGACACUGUGUAUUUCAGUUUGGCAGCCAACGGUUAAUGUGGCGCAUGCUCAGUCUGCUAUUUAACUCAGUUUUUUGGCUACGAGUGACGCUAAAAACUGUCGGUUAGCGAGCUCAAGCUAAAAACGCAGGCUCGAUUGAGCGGAGAGCUGCCUGCUGAAGUAAACGCAUUGCAGUAAUGUGAUGCUCCGCAGUGGAUUCCCGGCCCAGCAAAGCGCUACUGUAACAUCUCUGAAAAUAACCUGAUCGGCCAGUGCGCUAAAACGGCUCCAGUUAAUGUGUCUGAAUUGACACACUCUGACUGCUCUGGAGGAUGGAUCCUGUAGUGCUCAGCUAUCAUGACAGCCUGCUGCGACGCUCUGAUGUCUCUCUACUGGAAGGACCUUACUGGCUUAAUGACCAAGUCAUUGGUUUUGCCUUUGAGUACUUUGCUGCCGAGCGCUUUAGAGUCCUGGGGGAAGCCGUCAUCUUUAUCAGCCCAGAGGUCACCCAGUUCAUCAAAUGUGCUUCCUGCCCUGAUGAGUUGGCAUUGUUUCUGGAGCCACUGGAUCUUGCUUCUCGUCGCUGGGUCUUCCUAGCAGUGAACGACAACUCCAACCAGACCGCUGGAGGGUCCCACUGGAGCCUCUUGCUUUAUCAUCACAACUCCAACCACUUUGCCCACUAUGACUCUCAAAAUGGCAGCAAUUCACUUCACGCACGGCGCAUCGCCAGCAAGUUGGAGCCUUUCCUGGGCGCAGGGAGGAAAGCGCUGUUUGUCGAGGAGCCCUGCCCAUCCCAGCAGAACAGCUAUGACUGUGGCAUGUAUGUUAUCUGUAUUGCCGAGGCCUUGUGCGAGAAGGCCCGGGUGGAGGGCUCGCCACGCCUUCCUGUGCAAAUGAUCACCCCAGCCUACAUCACCCAGAAGAGGGCCGAGUGGUGCAGACUGAUCCAGAGCUUAGCUCAGAAUGACCUCUGCUGCUCACUGUCUUUCCCUUAGCACGUCGAUUGCCCCACACUGUAUGCAGAAAAGCUGUCACCCCACAUAUCUACUGCUGGAGAAUCUGAAUGCACUCCCUCAAUACAGUAUAUAACUAUAUAUAUGAAAUCUAUUUCUAUUACUGUCUCCGUCAUACUCCAUUAUCAAAAAAAGAGUUAAAAACAUAAAGCAAUGCUUCAAAUAUUUAAUGACUUCAGAGAACCAUUGGUGUCGUGUAUAUGCACAGAAACAAAAAGUAUGUAAACAAGAACACCAGCAUGCCUAUAAAACAGAUUUUCUCCUGUGUACAUAUCGAGCGAGGACGUCAUGGAAGAGGAGACACAGACUUUUUUUUUUUUUCUCCAUUUUCUGAGUUUGGAGCGAAUGUAGAAAUGUUUACACAGAUUAUUGCUCAGGGUCAUUUAAAAUGAACUGAAUUGACAAUAAGAAUGUGCACAUGAACUCUGGCUCCUACUUUUGUCACACAGUCAUUGUGUUCGUCAGCUUGAACGUGCGUACUUUUAGUUUUUUGAGAUAAUUUGAAGAAUUCCUGCUGUAUGAGGGCGCCGACGUGCUGUGAGUGUUCAUGGAACAAAGGGCAGAGUUGGGCGGUGGAAUGUAUCGAGCUAAUAAAUGUGACUCUUGUCACAUUUUUGUUGA